AUGCCCGCAUCAUCGCCGUUGAGUCUCGGGCUUGGUCUCGAGGGCACACACGUGCUCGUAACAGGAGGGGCUGGUAUUAUCGGUUCAGCAGUUGUGCACGCCUUUCUCUCUGCCGGUGCCAAUGUCUCCAGCAUCGACAUUAGCCAUGGCCCAGAUGAGUCUGCCACACCAUCGCCCUACAACAUUGGACAAAAAGACGGGCACUACGUUAAGAUUUCUGCCGACAUUUCCAAUGCCGCGUCCUUGACCACAGCCUGGGACAAGGCGAAGACACUCUUUGGAACAGUUGAAGUCUGCGUGGCCCUUGCAUCUCUCGACCUGUCUGUCCUUCCGCAAACGGAUUCUAUCGUGGACGCCAGCCCCGCGGACUGGUCACGCGUGCUCGACAUCAACGUCGGUGGGACCAUGUUGACAGCCCAACUGUGGCUUCGGGGGGUCCGGGAUCACCAGACGCAGCGAUCGGGGGUGGAGCUCAGAAAUCCAAGCUUGAUUCUGGUUGGCAGCGAGGCAGGCCACUUUGGCGUGCGCACCUGCGCGGCGUAUGCUGCAGCCAAGUCUGCUGUGCAGUAUGGACUCCUCCAGUCCCUCCGCGCCGAUGCGCCGCGCAUACACUCACGAGCAAGAGUUAAUGCCGUCGCGCCUGGGCCGGUUGACACCGAUCGCUUCCGGGGCGAGACAAAGGGGCCUGGCACCAAUGAGUGGUGGACUGAAUGCCAGGCUACGACGGCCUUGGCCCGGCCCGUCCCAACAGAGGCUGUUGCAAGGAGCAUUUUGUUUCUCGCAAGUGAGACGUGGAGCGGCAGUGUUCAUGGGAAAUGCAUUGACGUCGACUCGGGCAAGAUGGGAGCUCUGAUGUGGAACUCGCCGAACGGUCAAGCCGAAGCGUUCAAUCGCAGCUCCUGA